AUACGACGUCGUAGUCUGCGCACACACAGCACAUACUAAAUCCGAGUGGGCGUUUCCAUUCUGCAACUCUGGUGUUUUACUCUCCGGACAGCUAUAUGUGAGGACUGUCUGACUGUAUAUAUUCAAAGAGCUUCACGUUCAUUAACAAUGGCGGAUUCCGAAACCCUAGUUGCUGCUCAGACGUCUGGCGUAGAAGAAGACGCCAACAGGAACGAAAACCAACCCAUGCCCGACGUUCAAAACCCUAGUGACUGUUCGGACUCCGAAUCUGACUCCGACUCCGACUCCGAGGAUGAAGCCCAAGUGAAGGAGCAAAUUGAAGCCCUAGAAACAGCGCUAUACAAUAAUCCAUCAGAUUAUGAUUCUCAUGUCCAAUAUAUUAAAAUUCUGCGCAAGCAAGGGGACUUAGAGAAGCUGAGACAAGCUAGGGAAGCAAUGAGUUCUUUGUUCCCUUUGACUCCUGACAUGUGGCAGGAAUGGGCUAAAGAUGAAACUACUGUUAGCUCUGGAGUGGAGGCGUUUCAUGCUGUCGAAAAGCUUUAUGAGCGAGGGGUGUCUGAUUAUCUGUCUGUUACCUUGUGGUGUGACUACUUAAAUUUUGUCCAAGAAUAUGAUCCAUCAGUCCGGGAAUGUUCUGCCGCGGGCAUCUCAAAGGCAAGGAAUCUCUUCGAGCGUGCACUGACUGCUGCUGGGUUGCAUGUUACUGAAGGUCACAGGAUUUGGGAAUUGUACAGGGAGUUUGAACAAGCUAUUUUCCUCACCAUUGGAGAAACUGAUUCUGGGGCAAAAGAAAAGCAGAUCCAGCAUAUACGAAAUUUAUUUCAUCGUCAGUUGUCUGUUCCCCUUGCUGACCUAAAAUCAACUCUUCUCGCCUACAAGGCGUGGGAAGCUGAUCAUGAAAGUUCCAUUGAUAUUAACAGUGAAGUAUUGGAAGGUCUUCCAUCUCAUGUUGUCUCUGCAUAUCAAAAGGCAUUGGAGAUGUUGAAUGCUCGUUCUCAUCUUGAAGAACAAAUCUCCAAGAAGGAGAUUGACUCAGAAAAACUUGAGGAGUUCAUGACUUACUUGAAAUUUGAGCACUCGUUUGGAGAUCCAGCCCGUAUACAGAUCUUGUAUGAACGUGCUAUAGCUGAGUUUCCUGUAUCUUCUGAGUUAUGGCUUGAGUAUACAAAAUACCUAGAUAAAACAUUCAAGACUGCCAGAAUUGUGAGGGAUGCUUAUUACAGGGCCACAAGAAACUGCCCUUGGGUAGGAGAAUUGUGGGUUCGUUACUUGCUCUCGCUGGAGAGGAGCCGUGGUUCUGAAUACGAGUUAUCAACUGUAUUUGAGAAAUCACUCCUGUGCACUUUUUCAAGCUUUGAUGAGUAUCUCAACAUAUUCCUCACUAGAGUAGAUGGGUUAAGGAGGAGAAUAUCUGCAUCCACACAAGUGGUGGAUGGUUUGAGUUAUGCAGCUAUAAGGGAUAUAUUUCAGCGUGCAUCAGAUUACUUGUCCCCACACCUUAACAACACGGACAAGUUACUUAACAUGUAUAGUUAUUGGGCCCGUUUAGAGUUAAAAUUGGGAAAAGAUCUGGUUGCAGCUCGUGGUGUCUGGGAGAGCUUGCUUAAGAUUAGUGGGUCUAUGCUGGAAGCUUGGCAAGCUUAUAUAGCAUGGGAGAUUGAGAUUGGUCAUAUAAAUGAAGCUAGAUCCCUCUACAAGAGAUGCUACAGUAAAAGAUUCCCUGGAACAGGCUCUGAGGACAUCUGCCAUUCUUGGGUGCGCUUUGAGAGAGAAUAUGGUUCCCUGGAAGACUUUGAUACUGCUGGUCAUAAGGUGACCCCUCGGCUUCAAGAGCUGCAGCUAUUUAGGUUCCAGCAGGAGAGCAAAUAUAUUGGUCCGGCUAUAAAUGAGAGAGAAAGUUCUAGGAAAACCGCUCGUGAAAAGAGAAAACCACCUUCGAGUUCGAUCCAUGAACAGUCUCCAGCUAAACGUAGCAAAAAUAUGGCUCAAGACUUGAAGAAAACAAAGGAGAAUGAUAAAGGUCAGCCAAGGCAUGCAGCUGAAGCAAGUGAAGCUGCUGCAUUAGAUGUCAAUAAAGCAGAGAGUACUGGCUUGCAGGAAUCGAAGGAUAAGUCCUCAAAACGAUCUGUCCCUUUUGAUGAUCAAUGCACAGCUUUUGUUUCUAAUCUAAGCCUCCAGGCAACUGAUGAUGAUUUGCGUAAUUUCUUUGCUGAUGUUGGUGGAGUUGUUGCUGUUCGGAUAUUAAAGGACAAGUUCACCAAAAAAUCAAGAGGAUUAGCAUAUGUUGAUUUCUCGGAUGAUGCACAUCUUGCUGCAGCUGUAGAGAAGAACAAGCAGAUUUUGUUAGGUAAGAGAUUAAGCAUUUUGAAGUCAGAUCCCCAGGGCAGGAAAAAGGCUGCUGGACGAGGCACUAGAUCUGAGCAUGGCAAUGCUGGAAAACGAACCAACAGUACAUUGAAAACAGAUUCACAAGAGACUUCCAAAGGGCAAAACAAACCACAGGCGCAAGCUUCGCAUUCUAGAAAUGAUGAAGAUGUCCAGCUGAAGGGGAGGAACACAUUUGCAGUUCCAAGAAAUGUGAAACCCCUGGGCUGGAGCAGCAGAAGUAAACCACAACCUGAACAAGAUGAGGAACAGGAGGAUGAGACCCCAAAAUCCAAUGAUGAGUUCAGGAAGAUGUUCCUGAAAACAUGAUUGUCAAAGUACAAAACCAAUUUACUUUGCAUCAAGUAAUUAGUGGCUUUGUUGAAAUGAUGAAUGCCAUGACCAGUGCCUCAACAUAUGAUAUCAAAGUGGAUUUGGCUUAUAGAUGUUAUUAGUCUAGAUGUUUCUCAUUAACUGAUGUGUAUGUAUGUUAUGUUGAGAUUAUAACAUACUCUGUUAGUCGUGUAAAACAGUUGAAGGAUACUUUUGAUUCCUCGGAUACGGAUGAGUAGUGGUGAUUGGGCGACUAUGUUGAAACCUGUGUUUGACAGAUAGCCUAUUGACCGA